UCAUUACAAAAGUUGAACCAUACCAUUAAAGAUCGUAUAUUUGAUGUAUGAGUGUAGGACAUAUGUAAGAACGCGAAAAAAUCAGUGACAGGUGGUUUGACGUUUAUUCGCCGCCAUCGUUAUUAGCGACAGUGACCUGCCAUAUUGCGCGUGAUAUAAAGACUGUAAUACAUUUACGUUAUUACAGUUGUUACUUGUACAUUCAGUGUGGAAGCCUAUUGUUUAUGUAGCAACAACAAAUUGCAGAGGACCUCGUAAUUCAGUUUGUGAGAAAACAUUUCACGGUAGCAACUGCAAAACAGUACAACAUGUCGACCGGUCCUUAUAAUUACUCCUACAUCUUUAAGUAUAUCAUCAUAGGAGAUAUGGGAGUAGGAAAAUCAUGUUUAUUGCAUCAGUUUACAGAAAAAAAAUUUAUGGCAGAUUGCCCGCAUACUAUUGGUGUCGAGUUUGGGACAAGAAUCAUUGAAGUGGCAGGGCAGAAAAUAAAAUUACAAAUAUGGGACACUGCUGGGCAAGAACGUUUUCGAGCAGUUACUAGAUCAUAUUACCGAGGUGCAGCAGGAGCAUUAAUGGUCUAUGACAUUACUCGUCGUUCAACUUAUAAUCAUCUUAGCAGCUGGCUUACAGAUACAAGGAAUUUAACAAAUCCAAGCACUGUUAUAUUUUUAAUUGGUAACAAAAGUGACUUGGAAGGUCAGCGGGAUGUUACCUAUGAAGAGGCCAAACAAUUUGCCGACGAAAAUGGUCUUAUGUUUGUUGAGGCCAGUGCAAAAACCGGUCACAACGUUGAAGAAGCAUUUCUGGAAACAGCAAAAAAAAUAUUCCAAAGUAUACAAGAUGGACGUUUGGAUUUGAAUGCAGCAGAAUCUGGUGUUCAGCAUAAUCCCAGUCAACCAGGACGUACCAAUCUUCAAGGAGUAUCUAAUGAACAACAGGGAGGAAAGGAUUCCUGCUCCUGUUAGGUCUUUAUUUGUUUGUAUAUAGAUAUAUGAAUUCAUCGGUACUAUUAAUGCAUAUAUGAUUUAUACUAAGUAUAGCAAGCAAAUAGUCUCCUGUCUUUAUCCCUUAACCUUUGAUAAGUCAAAUCUACUUAAUGAACGAUACCAAUUUAUUUCAAGUUAGAAUUAAUUUGCCAAAUAUGUUAUAGAAACAUAUGACUCAGUAUAAACAUAUACAUGUAAAUUGUAUUGAUAAUAAUGAUUCUGUAUUGGCAUUGAGAUUGACAUUUUGAUGUUACAGCUUUUGUAUGAUUAUUGUAAUUAACAUACAUUUUCCAUAGAUCGUAUAUUUUGUUGCAUAAAAAAAUCGAAUAUUAGACAAUAUGUUGCACUUACAGACCUUAUGGUACACACGUACAUACAAGGUGCAUUGUACGAGAUAUUUACUUAAUCACAUGAAAAUAUGAUAAAUAUGAAUGUGACACAGUCAAAUAAGAUAAAUAUUUACCAUUGUAAAUUAAAUUCGUGUAACAAGAUUGGGCACGUCUGAUCGUGUUUGUUAUCUAGUUUACUGUUUGAAAGAUGUACUAUAAGCUUAGGUACAAAAAAUUGUUGGUAACACAUUUAAACUUAAUAGCAUACAAAAAUUUGCCAUAAUAUGGCAUAAUGAAACAAGAUUAAUAUUAAUUCAAUUAUUUCACAAUUGCAACUACAAUUUCAUAUUGUAUGGGGUGUACAAGUACCGCGAAUUCUAAAGCUGUAUUUUUCGUUUUCUGCUUGAAAAAUAUUUUAAUUUUUAAUAUGGUUGCUAUCUCUUUAAAAUAUUUCCAUGUUGAUAAGAACAAUACUUAGUAUAUUGUUAUUGUUGCUAUUAUUGUGAAAAUUUCUUAGAAGAAUCAGAAGUUAAUCUUCUGAGUAGGGCAUAUUCUCGUACAUGAUAUUAUAUCAUGUUGAUCCACAUGAUUUUUACACUGCUAAAACUGAAGUAUUACAUCAAUUUAUAUAGUUAAUAUUAUAUAUAUUUUAAACUUCAUUUAUGUUCAAUCUUACAACAGUGCUUACGAAGAAUUUAGUUACGAAAUUUAUAUAACUGUUCUCCAAUUAGUCGUAAUCCGAAUUUUUUUCUUAUAUACGACGCUUACACAUUGUCGGUAAUACAAAAUUAAAAAACUGAAUUUACUGAAACUUAUUUAUUAUUAGUUAUAUUUUAUUUUAUUAAUACAACAAAAUUAAUCGAUAUAGAUGAGAAAUUAAAUCGAUAAAAGAGUGAUUACAAUUGUAUCCUAUUUAAUGUAUGUAAAAACAUUUUGCAUUUGUAUUGGCAGAGAAAUGCAAAAGAUCACUUCAAAUAAAUUUGACUGAAGCUU